AUGGCUGAAAAGGAGAAACAAGAUUCUUUCCGCGUCGAUAUGGGGGAUGAUUCCGAUAAACCCUUUAUCCCAACACGACCAAACGCGGCCAACCACACGGCCCCAGCGGCUCCCUCAAACCCUCUGGUCCCCAUCUUGGCGUAUUGCGCGGCGAGUAUUCUUAUGACCGUGACGAACAAAUAUGUCCUCGGAGGAGUCGAUUUUAAUCUGAACUUCUUCCUGCUAUGCAUCCAGAACGUAGUGUGUGUAGUCGCGAUCCAAUUCUGUAAAUCCGCAAAGAUAAUCACAUACCGCGACUUCAAUGCCGACGAGGCUCGCAAAUGGUUCCCUAUCUCUCUUCUCCUUAUCACUAUGAUCUACACCUCCUCGAAGGCUCUCCAGUUCCUCAGCAUUCCCGUGUACACCAUCUUCAAGAACCUUACCAUCAUCUUGAUCGCAUAUGGUGAGGUCUUGUGGUUCGGCGGUUCCGUCAGCGGAAUGGCUCUGUUCUCUUUCGGGCUCAUGGUUGUGUCCAGUAUCGUCGCUGCGUGGGCCGAUAUCAGCGCUGCGUUGGGCUCAUACGGUGGUAGUGCCCAGGCCGCGGAGCAGUUGAGCACUUUGAACGCUGGAUACAUCUGGGUUCUCGUCAACUGCCUGUCCUCUGCCAGUUACGUGCUCGGAAUGCGCAAGAGGAUAAAGCUCACCAACUUCAAGGACUUCGAUACUAUGUUCUACAACAACCUUCUCUCCAUCCCUGUCCUUCUUGUCUGCUCCCUCUUCCUUGAGGACUGGUCAUACACCAACAUCAGCGCAAACUUCCCCGAGGACCGCCGCAACAGCCUCAUCCUCGCCAUGAUCUUCUCCGGUCUCUCGUCGGUGUUCAUCUCGUACACCUCUGCGUGGUGUGUCCGUGUUACCUCGUCGACCACUUACUCCAUGGUUGGAGCGCUCAACAAGCUCCCCAUUGCUUUGUCUGGGCUGGUAUUCUUUGAUGCCCCGGUUACUUUCGCCGGUGUUACUGCCAUUGGUAUCGGUUUCUUGAGUGGAAUCGUCUAUGCGCUCGCAAAGGUCAAGCAGACCCAGGCCAAGGCCGGUGUCUUGCCAGUCAGCAACCCAAUCACGAGCGCAAGCUCGCAGAGCAUGAGGGAUGCCUCUAGAUCAUAA